AUGAAAGAGGGAAAAGCAAAGAGAAUGCAAGGUGCAAAGGAUAUGAAAGAGAAAAGCAAUAGCAAUGCAAAGGUGCCCAAAGAUAUGAAAGACAAUUGCCAAGGUUGCAAGGGAUAUGAAAAGAAAGAAACAAAGCAAAGAGAAUGCAAAGUUUUGGCAAGGAUUUAUGGAAAGAAGAACAAGCCACAUCACCAAAUGAAGGUGCCAAAGGAUAUGAAAGAGAAAGCAAAGAGAAUGCCAAAAGGUGCAAAGGAUAUGAAAGAGAAAAGGCAAACGAGAGAAUGCCAAAGUUGCAAAAGAUAUGAAAGAGAAAGCAAGGAAAGAAUGCAAAGGUGCAGGAAAUAUGAAAAUAGGAAAAAGCAAAGAAGAGAAUGCAAACGGUGCAAGGAUAUGAAUAAGAAGAAAGCAAAAGAGAAUGAUUCAAAGGUGCCAACAGGAUAUGAAAGAGAAAAAGCAAAGAGAGAAUGCAACAAAGGUGCCAAAGGAUAUGAAAGAAAGAAAAGCAAAAAGAAAGAGAAUGCAAAGGUUGCAAAGAUAUGA